AUGCAGAAUAAAGCUGAACAAGACAGAAAUCAGGAGGCGACGGUAUAUCUCGGUAACCUCGAUGAGAAAUGUACGGAUGCUCUGAUAUGGGAGUUGAUGCUGCAAGCGGGUCCGGUGUCAAAUGUCUUUCUGCCCAAAGAUCGAAUCUCAAUGUCCCAUCAAGGAUUCGGAUUCUGCGAAUUCCUAACAGAAGCAGACGCAGAGUACGCCGUGAAGAUAAUGAACCAAAUCAAAUUAUAUGGUAAACCCAUUAGAGUGAAUAAAGCAAGUUACGAUAAGAAACAAUUAGACGUUGGAGCGAAUCUGUUCGUGGGUAGUUUAGAUCCUCAGGUGGAUGAGAAUACUUUGGCAGAUACUUUUGGUACAUUUGGUGGAUUAUCGGAACCUCCUAAAAUCGCAAGGGAUCCUACGACGGGCUUAUCAAAAGGUUACGCCUUUAUCUCGUAUAACGAUUUCGAAGCUGCCGAUAUGGCAAUCGAGAAUAUGAAUGGACAGUUUUUCGGUGGUAAACAAAUUUCUGUACAGUACGCAUUUAAGAAGGAUGGUAAAGGUGAAAGACAUGGUGGUCAGGCUGAAAGGUUGUUGGCUGCUCAAGCAAAGAAACAUCAACUCAUUCCUGGUUCUUCUACUCCUGCUUAUCAAUAUCAAGGCCAAUUCGCAGGUGCUCUCGCCAACGCACCUACAACCAACGCGACUCCAGGCUAUCCCCCACCCCCACCAGCCGGUAUCCCAGUCUAUCAACCGCAGAACCAACAGCCCGUCUAUCCCACUUAUCCUCCACAGGGGUACCCACCUGCUGGUUAUCCCGCUGCAGCAGCUGGUGGUGCUGGUGCGCCAAAUGGGUAUGCUCCUCCUCCACCACCUACUGGGUUCCCGGUCAACUACGGUAUGCCCCCUCAACAGCAGGGUGGUGCGCCUCCUCCUCCGCCUCCACCUAUAAGGAUGGGUUUCGGACAGUAA